CCGUCCCGUGCCCCUGCUCCCCUUUAACAGAGUGAUGCGCUUCAACCCCGGACGUCGCUGUUGGGGAUGGAUCGAAGAGCUUAACGCGGGAGGUGUGUCAGGCCCUGCGAGCACCGAUGUGCCGGUGGUCUUGGAGCUGUUUGUGGCCCUCGGGCUGAGUGCUGAGCUGCCCCUCCGGGUGGGGAUGGAGGUUUCUGGGGUUCCGUGUGCCCCCGGGGCUCCCUGUGAAGUUACCGUGUGUGUGAACAGCAAUAGAAAAGAGCCAGAGCUCCCUCGCCCCUGGAAAUCACCACUUCAAAGCAGCAUUGGAGAGUUGUCAGCCUCCUCAGGCAGUUUGGAAGAUUCCUUUUUAUUAUUUUUAAAAAGCAGCAGUCGCACCUCCUCCUCACACCUCCUCCCGCUGCUGCCACUGAAAAUAAACGUGGGGGUGACAAUGUCUGUGAGGAAACCCAGCUGUCCUGGACUGACCCCCGGUUUGGGGAUGCCUGGCGGGGGUGCCCAGGGGCACAUGGCACCCAGAGAAGCCUUCUGCUCCUUGCCUCCUCCAUCACACUCAUCUUGAACAGCCCCUCACCCAGACACCAGCACCCAGCGGGAUCUGUGGUGUCACGGUGUGGGGUUUUCCUUUGCAGGGCUCCAGGCCGUGUGCGUGGGCACCGUGGGGCUGGUGGGGGUGUGCAGUGAUGUGUGGCGUCCCCCAAUGAUAGCGAGCUCUUAUCAGCCUGCACCAAAGCAUGUUGUGCAAGUAAAGAUAACAGGGAUGCUGUGUGUGGCAGACAGCCCUGUUUGGACAGGAAAGGCUGGGAGGAGAGCUGGAAGGUGGCUUGUACUCAGUUUGUUGCCAUGAGGGCGAAGUCUCAGGGUAGGAGAUGUGUGCUGCUGUCUUCCGCUUUGGGUUGUGCGCGCUAUUGAUAUCAAUGGGUGCUUGUGGGCAUGAGCGGCAAUGCUGCGACUCAGGCGGCUUUUGGUGGCUGUUUGUCCUGGUUUGCCCAUUACUUGGAGCUCAGAGCCUUCCUAUUCCAUCAUCUCAGGUAUCUGCAAGUUAGGUUUAAGUCAGAUUUUGGUGCAUGUGAUCCAGCUGUGACAGGGAUGUGGCAGCUUUUGUUGGUGCCCAUGGCACGAGGGGUAAAAGCUUGUGAGAACAGAGUGAUCAAAUGGCAGUGGUCAUGGGGAACUUAAAAAAGGCAUUACCAAACUGCUCCAAAUGAUUCCUUGCCCCUGGAUUUCCUGCUGAAGGACUGUCAAGCACAGCACGCCGUGGGGCUGCUCCUGCCUUUUCCCUCUGGCUGCUCCUUGGGAGCAGGAGUGGGGCUGCUGUGCUGUGCUGUGCUGAGCUGUGCCUUGUUCAGCCCUGUGGAUCUGCGACACUGCAACUCUCAAGUACUACAGAGCAAAUCCCCCUUGCCACUACCUCACCUACUGUGGGUGCUUUGCUGGUGUGGACCCUGAGUGGCUGCUGGUGUGAAGACGGCUGCUGCUGGGCUGAGUUCCACGUACAGUCAGGACAGAAGGCGGCAGUGGAGCUCUGGCACGAGGACAGCGUGUGCAGGAGGUCCGGAGCUCAGCGGGAGUGCUGCAAGGUGCUGGGAUGCUGCAGCGUGCUGGGGGCUGACGCGUGGAGCUCUGGCUGUGGGGAGCAGUGCCCCCGCCGCCCACCCAUGCUCCCGGCCGGCAGCCGGGGCCUUGCCCCGUGACGAGGUGCCCCCCUCACCAGGACCGCCGCCAUGACGAGCCUCUUUCGGCGCAGCAGCAGCAAUGGCGGCUCACGCGGCGGCUCCUCGGCGCAGGAGCUCAACAACAGCCGCCCUGCCAGGCAGGUGCGCCGGCUGGAGUUCAACCAGGCCAUGGAGGACUUCAAGACCAUGUUCCCCAAUAUGGACUACGACAUCAUCGAGUGCGUUUUGAGGGCCAACAACGGUGCCGUGGAUGCCACCAUCGACCAGCUCCUCCAGAUGAACCUGGAUGGCAGCGGCUGUGAGGACAGCUCGGACUCGGAGGACAGCAUUCCCCCUGAGAUCCUUGAGCGCACCCUGGAGCCAGACAGCUCGGAUGAGGAGCCUCCCCCAGUAUACUCCCCCCCAGCCUAUGAGAGCCAGGUGCUGAGCUGUCCACAUGCACCUCCCACCCCCCCACCCAGGACGGAUGUGCCGGGGCCUGGCCGCUACAGGAACUGGAACCCACCGCUGCUGGGCAACCUGCCUGAGGACUUCCUGCGCAUCCUACCCCAGCAAGCUGCCUGCACACAGGGCUCCUCUGGAUGCCGGCAGCCUGUGCCACGGGGCCAGGGCUCCCUGGAGCAGGAGAGGAGGUGGAAGCAGUACCUGGAGGACGAGCGGAUUGCGCUCUUCCUGCAGAACGAGGAGUUCAUGAAGGAGCUGCAAAGGAACCGGGACUUCCUCCUUGCCCUGGAGAGAGAUCGACUAAAAUACGAGUCAAAAAAAUCCAAGUCGACCAGUGCUGCUGUCAGCAAUGAUUUCUGUUUCUCCUCCAUAAUACCAGGUGAUGUAGCCACUCCUGGAACCAGCGAGGCUGGCAGUGCUGUGUCUGACGAUGCCUUAUUCAGAGACAAACUGAAACACAUGGGAAAAUCAACGCGCAAGAAGCUGUUUGAACUCGCCAGAGCCUUCUCUGAGAAGACAAAGAUGAGGAAGUCAAAAAGAAAACACUUGUUGAAGCACCAGGUGCUGGGGACAGCUGCAUCCACAGCAAAUCUUCUUGAUGACGUCGAAGGACACUCGUGCGAUGAAGAUUUUCAAGCACGGCGGCAGCAGCUCCGGGAAGAGGAGGAGACGCUGAAGGAAGGGCAGUAAAUGGUGAGGGCUGUGGUGCUGUGGCUGGUGACAGCUCCAGCGCCGUGAUGGGACAGUGCUGGCCGUGGUGCAGCUGAGGCUGAGCACACACUGUUCUUCCUCCUCCUGGUCUCCUCCCCUCCAGGUCCCAGCGCUGGGGUUUAUUGCUGGCACAGAAUGUGCAAAGGGCUUAAUAAGAAGAUGGCUGAAAAAAGGAAAACAAACAAACACCCAACGACAAAUAACCCCAUUUUUUGGCUGUUCCCCCUCUGCUGUUGUACUCCUCUGAAGUACAAACGUUGAAGUGAGGCAGUUUUCUUUUCAGAGGUUUGAAAACAACUUCUCCUAUCUAGCAAAUCAGCCAAAAAAAAAAAAGGAAAGGAAACAGCUGGCAGCUGGUGUGAGCUGUGGCAUUGGAGCUGGUGGGUCUGGGACUCAGGGAGGAGCCGUCCCUCCUGCGUGUGGGAUCCACAGAGUUCUGCCAGAAGAAUGCACAUGAGCUGUGCUGAGGGGAUGCCCCGGCUGCGGGAGCUGCCUGGCAGAGCAUCCCUGUGCAUAUCUGUGGUGAUCUGAUGUAAUUUUCCUCUGCGCACGCAGGAAAAGAAAACACAAGAAAGAAGCUAAAAACUGUCGUCUACUAUUGCUAGGAGUAAUAAGCAGAGAUUCAGAUCAGGUAAUAGUGAAAUAAUAUAAGUUGUUUAUAAAAGGAAAGGCCUUCUUUUCCAAGGCAUUUCCCUUUGCAUUAAACCUUUGCCUUUGGCAUCGCUCAAACUGC